AAUGUGGUGUCUUGGCCAAAAUCUAAAGAUAUUUUUGCCUCAUUUGGCUACUAGACAAAAGCACUUUUGGCAAAAUUCAUAAUGGAGGCUAUGAAUUUAGUGUUUUGCAUAGUGGUUUUAGACAAUUCAAACUGCCUUAGACAAUGGGACAUCCCUUUGUUUUAUCCUAGGUUUGGGUUUAACAAGAAGAAUAAGAACGAAUGGGUUUUUACCCCUUUGAAAAGCAUUUUGCACCUUUUGGGCAACCUUUCCCCUCUAUUUAUUAACAAGGGUAGCACCAAGCUUUACCAUAUUGACAUCUCACUUUGAUGGUGAAGGAAUGAGGUAAGAGCGAUCACUCCAUACCUUCCACACCACUACUCCAAUAGUCUUUCAUGUUGUUCUCAUAGGCUUGGUUCCAUGGGUGAGGAUUGGCAAGUGAAGUUUGGCAAGUGAGGUUUGGUGAGCAGGUUUUAGCAAGCAAUUUGGGUAGUAUUUUAACAAAUGCCAACAAAGAAUAUUUAAUGUAUUUAAAGUCGGGGUUCCAAAGCCGGCUCAAAGUCUUGCAGCCGACUCUCGAGGAAAACAUAAUGUGCAAGAAACCCGCAGAGCCAGUCGCAGAAAUGGUGAGCCGGCUGUAUAGAGCCGGCUCUUCUGACAAUCUUGCAACUCGAGCUUUGCGUCUUGCAGGGCAUUUAAUGACCCCCAACAGUUACAAAUGGCUAUUUUCGAGCAAGGGGCUAUAAAUAUGGUUGGUAACAGAUCUGAAGAAGGUUAGAGAACAUUGCAUUGAAUAUCUUUACCUACCUACUUAAGCUUUAACUUGAGUUUUUUAUCUUUGAGUGAUCAUUGCUUGUAAUCCUCUUCUUGUGCUAUUAGUGAGUAAUCUUGGGGGUGUGUUGAUUCCUUCAAGAGUGAUCUAUUGAGAGGAUUUGUGGGGUUUACAUUGUAAAGGGGUGAGGUUUGAGAGAAAUACUCAUCUUGUUGUAAAAGGAUUGAGUGGCUCCUUUAAGCCACCCUUGUCUUUCUUAAUGAAGAGUGUGGAGGAAAUCCUUGGUGAGUGAAGCUGAGGUAGAGGACUAGGCUCCAAGUGGUUGGACCGAACCUCUAUAAAUUCAUUGUGCAAGCUCUUCUUCUCUACUCUCUUUAACUUGGGUUUUGUGGUUGAAAAAGAAAAGAAUUUUUGGAACUCCAAUUCAACCCCCUCUUGAAGUACAUUGAGUCAACACUUGGCCCUUUGCCCAAAUGAUGGGAACCUUUUCUGUUUCUUUUGUCAAUAAGUUUUCCCCUCUCAAGCUUGCUACUUUCAGCAAAGUGACAAUAAGAGAUUGUUGAUUGC